CCUCUAACCGGUUCUCUCUGUUGUGACAUUUCCUGCUGUGGUUAGCACCAUGGCAGAGCAGGAACCUACACCUGAGCAGCUGGCAGCGAUUGCAGCAGCCAACGAAGAGGCUGACAGCGCAGUCAACUACAAACCUCCCGCCCAGAAGAGCUUACAGGAGAUCCAGGAGCUGGACAAAGACGAUGAGAGUCUGCGCAAGUACAAGGAGGCGCUGCUGGGUAACACUGCUGUGGUUGCAGAUCCCAAAGCCCCCAACGUGCAGGUGACGCGAAUGACUCUGGUUUGUGAUUCAGCGCCACAUCCUCUGGUCCUUGAUCUACAGGGAGACCUGGAUAACUUCAGGAAGAACCCGUUUGUGCUGAAAGAGGGAGUUGAGUACAAAAUAAAGAUCAACUUCAAGGUCAACAAGGAAAUUGUGUCAGGCCUGAAGUACAUUCAGCAGUCAUUCAGGAAAGGCAUUAAAGUUGACAAGUCAGAGUACAUGGUCGGCAGCUACGGGCCCAGACCGGAUCAGGAAUACGAGUUCCUCACCACCAUGGAGGAGUCACCCAAAGGGAUGCUUGCCCGUGGCACCUAUGACAUCAAGUCCAAGUUCACCGACGAUGACAAACACGACCAUCUCUCCUGGGAGUGGAGCCUCACUAUCAAGAAAGACUGGAAAGAGUGAUUUCACCCCUUGCCAUCCUCCAUCAAGGUCUUCCUCUGCUUCGCCCCUCUUUCUUCUCUCUUGCUGUCAUUCCGUUUUUUUCUCUGCCUGGAUCCAUCUCUGGAUUAUGCGUCGAUUUAAGCUUUUGCUCUCUCCGUCCAUUGACCCCCUUUCCUCUCGCUCUUACAGUUUCGUUUCCCUUUUCUAAAUUCCAAUCACUUCAUCAUUCCUCCCAUAGUAACGCUUUGUUUGCACCCAACCUGACUCUUCUAUUAAGUAUUAAAUCUUUAAAAAUGGAGAAAGCAAACAAUGUGCACAAUCCAGAUUUUGCAGUUAUAGUUUGUUUAUAAAAGAAAAAAUCUGUAAAAAAUAUUAUUUGUGAACUGCUCUUGGAAAAGUGAUGAACUACGUGAUUUCCUUUGCCCCUCGCUGCUGUCUUUUCCUCUCCCUUUUUCUUUCUUCUCUGUUUUUCAGAUUGUUUUGUAUGAUUACCACGAUCUGCCUUGGAAAGCAUAGUACAGGAAGCAGUAGUGCUGUAUGUACGUGGCCACUGUACGGUCAUUGAGCAAUCAUUGCUGGACACAACUUUUGGACGCAGUCCUCCUAAAGCCUUUGAGCAGAUUAUUUGUUCCAGGGUCUUGGUAAAUUAUUCGGAAUUCAGGCCAUGCCUUUUUCAAAUAGUUUAGCACCCUGAAAAGUCUGCUGAGAGAGCAGGGGAAACAUAAUUACCUCUAACCCCUUACAACCCCUUGCUUUAGGUACAGCUGUUCCUCUACUGAUCAGGGUAUUUUGGCUGUUAUUUUAGCAGCCAUGUGGCCUUAACAAGAACCCCUAGGAAGAAAUAGAAAACCUAGAUGAGCCAUUUGCCUUCAGAUUAUAUUUGCCAGACCAUCAUGUGAGCCUGUUUUUAACAAUACUUGUAAUAUAAGGGCAGGGAAUCAGGACUAAGGACUUUUUAUCGCCUUUAUUUCAGGUUUGAUGAUUUGUAAAAGCCAUUACACAUAGAUGUCAAUCAUGUUAGCUAUAUUUACAAACCUUGAUCAUUUACAAAGUUUUCAUUUCAGUAGUUUUCUAAAUAUCAGUCAAAUUAACUUUUAAGUUUAGGUCAUUUACAGUAACUCUAAAUAGCAGCCCAGAUCGUAUUAAUGCGAUUGUAUCACCCAGUCUCUUCUCUAGCACCUGAGGCCAUACUGCCAGUGCGUCCAGAGGUGUUACCUUAGUUCCUUCCUGAGUCGAUCACAGGGACUGUUAAACCGCUCACCUUGUAUUUCUCUAGUUAUUCAAUUACCAAUGCUCACUGUGCCUACAGUCUCUUACGACCACAUGCUGCUCCUGCUGACUUGGCAGCACUCUGUGCUCAGCAUCAGUGAGGUGAAACGUUGUCUGUAAUUGACUUCCGAACCAGUGCAGAGACAUCAGUCCCCAACCAGACACUGUUGAUUAACACACCAUGUUAUCUAAAAAGUGUUUGUUUUGUUUUUUAUACACUCCACAAUUAUGUAAAUGAUGUCUGUUCCUGCAGCUUCAUUCAGCUCUCAUGUGUUACGGACUGAUGUUUUUCUCUGUGGGUUGGGUUUGACUCAAUGUGUGCUACUUGUAUUACCUACAGUUUACUGAUAUCCUGUGUUCACAUUAAAGUGUUCAGACUGGG